AUGUCGCGAUCGGUAGGCUUGGUACUGAAGGUGGAUGCCGAAGGCACCCAUGGCCCUGGAGUCCCCCAAGUCCUCUUGCGAAAGUUCUCGGAAGGGGAUUUGAAGUCGUCUUCGGAAAGAAAUGUGGCCCUACCGUUUGAUAGUCCAGUUGAGGAAAGGGGCUCAACUUUGGCCCUUCCGACAUUAUUCGUUCAGAGGCUGACGUUGGCGUAG